GGUUUUUCCUGUCUGAGCUGUCCCUGAAAUGACUGCACUUGCCAGGAGUUGAGGCGUAAAUCAGCGCUGGAGUUGGACAGGAAUCAGGCUGAUUUCUUCAGAACUUGUCUGAGCAAGAACAGCAAAACUUUCCUUCCCAAAGGUCAUUCUGCACGGCAGGGACCCAGAGUUCAGCUGCAUCAUGGCAACAGUUGUCACCGAAAAGCUCAGCCGCCUCUUCAUUAACGUGCGGCAGGUCCCUGCGCUGCUGGUCCCCCUCUCUCCCUCCACGGUCAGCAGUUCGGAGGUGCCAAAGGUUUUCUGGAAGCCCUACAUCCACACUGGCUACCGGCCCGUGCAGCAGACCUGGCGUUACUACUUCUCGACACUAUUCCAGCAGCACAACGAAGCCAUCAACGUCUGGACCCAUCUGGUGGCAGCGCUGAUCCUGCUGCUGCGGUUCCAGCAGCUCUCACAGCAGGUGGAUUUUGGGCAGGACCCGCACGCCCAACCCCUCCUCAUCAUCAUUGCGGCGUCCAUCACCUACCUGACGUUCAGCACCCUCGCUCACCUUCUGCAGGCUAAAUCUGAGUUCUGGCACUACAGCUUCUUCUUCAUGGACUACGUGGGGGUCGCCAUUUACCAGUACGGCAGCGCCCUGGGACACUACUACUACACCAUCGAGCCAAGCUGGCAUGAGAAAAUCAAGGGGUUUUACAUGCCGGUGGCUGUCCUGUUAGCGUGGCUGUCCUGUGCCGGUUCCUGCUACGCCAAGUACCAGUACCACCAGUCUGCUCACCUCCUGAGCCGGCUCUGCCAGGAGCUGCCCUCCGGCCUGGCUUAUGUGCUGGACAUCAGCCCCGUGGUCCACCGCAUCUACACCGCCCGGCCCUCCGAGCAGGCUGACCCGGCCCUUCUCUAUCACAAAUGCCAGGUGUUGUUUUUCCUCAUUGGUGCCUUCUUUUUCUCGCACCCUUACCCCGAGAAGUGGUUCCCUGGGAAAUGUCACUUUUUCGGGCAGAGCCAUCAGAUUUUUCACGUGUGCCUGGUGCUCUGCACGCUGGCGCAGAUCGAGGCGGUGGUGUUGGACUACGAGUCCAGGCGACAGAUCUAUUCCUCUCUCCAGGGUGAUUUGGCACACAACUUCUCUGCCCUGUGCCUCUUCACUGUGACCUGCUCUGUCCUCACAGCCGCUUACAUGGCCCAGAAGGUGAAGAACAAGCUGAGUUUCAAAGAAGAGUAAGAGCCUUGAAGGAGAAGCAGGUGAACUCACCCAAAGUGCUUAUCUGCAGCCAGCUGGGGCGGUGCCAGCAUGAACCUGGCCACAAACCUAGAGAAGAGGAAUGAAACGCUUUGUGAACUGUUAAAGCAGCAGUGUUCUCUGUAGGGAGGGAAAGGAAGAGCUGCUUUUUAUGCUUUUUUUAAAUUCGGUAUUGGUUCCAGCUUGCUCUUAAAAUGGCACACCGGUUUAAUUCACGUUUGAAUAAACAGUUGGAACAAAAUGUCGUUAGUGCUGCAGCCCGGUACCCGAACAGUG